AGCCUGUCCCUGCCUUUUCCUCCUGGCAGCGUAAUGAUUCUGAUGAAGCUCACCUUUCCCCUCAGGCUGGACGCCUCAUUCAGCAGCUUCUGGAUGAAGACAGUGACCCAUUGUUGUCCCCUCGCUUUUAUAACUAUGGGCAAAGUCAGCAGUACUUGGAUGACACAGAAGUGCCUCCUUCCCCACCCAAUUCUCAUUCAUUCAUGAGGCGAAGAAGUUCUUCUUUGGGAUCUUAUGAAGAUGACAAUGAAGAUUUGACACCAGCACAGUUGACUCGCAGGAUUCAAGGACUGAAGAAAAAGAUCAGGCGGUAUGAAGACAAAUUUGAAGAAGAGAGAAAGUAUAGACCUUCUCACAGUGACAAAGCAGCCAAUCUCGAGGUGCUGAAAUGGACAAAUGACCUUGCAAAGUUUAGAAAGCAACUAAAAGAAUCAAAACUGAAAAUGUCAGAAGAAGAUCUGGCUCCUAUGACUCGCCAACGUAGCAAUACACUCCCCAAAAGUUUUGGCUCUCAGCUGGAGAAAGAGGAAGAGAAGCAAGAGGUUUCUGAUAAAUCAUCUAAGCCUUUAGUGGAGGCAACUUUGGAAUCCAUGCAGAAGAAGCUCCAAGAGAAAAGGGCAGAAGCAAGUCGACCUGAGGACAUUAAGGAUAUGACUCGAGAUGAGAUAGCAUCAGAGAAAGUGGCCCUUCAAAAAUCCCUCCUCUAUUAUGAAAGCAUCCAUGGAAGACCGGUAACAAAACAUGAACGGCAAACUAUGAAGCCCCUCUACGACAGAUACCGCUUGAUCAAGCAGAUCCUCUCCAGGGCAAACUGUAUUCCCAUUAUCGGUUCUCCCUCUAGCAAGCGGAGAAGUCCUUUGCUACAGCCAAUAAUUGAAGGAGAAACUGCUUCCUUCUUCAAAGAGAUAAAGGAGGAAGAGGAUGGCUCUGAGGACGACAGCAGUGUGAAACCAGAUUUCACAGUCACAAUAAAAUCUGACUUUGGCGUACGAAGUUUUUUGGACCAACUAGAAGAUGAUGGCUUCAUUUCUCCAGUGGAUGAUAGGAUCCCUUCAAAAAGCAGCCAGGACAUGGGAUUGUCAAAUCUUCAUGCUGCUUCUAUGCGUGAACUUGUGGAGCAGCUUCAAGAAGUGAGGGAAGAUAAAAAGAGGAUCAGAAAAAAAUUGAGAGAUUUUGAAGACAAUUUUUUCCGACAAAAUGGAAGAAACGUCCAGAAAGAAGACCGUGUUCCCAUGGCCGAAGAAUAUAAUGAAUACAAGCAGGUUAAGGCCAAACUGAGGCUGCUGGAGGUCCUCAUCAGCAAAAGAGAUUUAAGCUCCAAGAUCAUGUAAUAAAGCUACGCUGGAUUUGCCAGUAAUGUUAAGGUGUUGAUGCAGCCAAAACCACAAAGGACUCAGCAAGAGCCUAAUACCACAAAGGGCUUUAGUGGCUCUCCCUGACUGUGGCCGGCAGAAGAUGAUGGGGUAUGAAGGAGGGAGGGUCCUGCAUCUUUCUUCAGACUUGUGACCUGUUCUGCCAUCUGGGCUGGCAAGACCGGGAGGGUGUUGACCUACUAAAAAAGACUCUGUUCCACAUGGUUCCUUUUGCUUCCAUCAGUUGGUGACCUGCAUUUGCUUGGACUAAAAAAAAAAAAAGACCUCAGUUUUUAUCUUCUUUGGAGCAUCAGUGUAAAAAAGGUGAUCUAGUUUGAGUUCUCAUGAAUCUCCAAAUAAUUGCCUGUAAUUUUCAGACCAAUAAAACAAUCAGGUCUGUUCUAA